GGGACCCCCCGUUCCAUGGCGCGGGAGCGCGGCGGGCCUCCUGGCCCAGCUGGCCCGGCUCGCCCGGCUCCUGGAGCAGAGCUGCGGCGUGGAGGAAGACUGCAGCCGCGUCGCCCGGGGCUUCGAGGCCUGCCGGCAGAGAUGCUGCCGCCUCGGGCUGGAUCUGCGCCGGGCCGCGAGCAGCUGCUGGCAGCGGAGAGCGAGUGCUCGGCGCUGCGGGUGAAGCUCAAACACGCCCGCAACCAGGUGGAGGUGGAGAUGGGGAAGCGGCAGCGGGCGGAGGCCGAGCUGGAGAAGCAGGAACGGAAGCUGCAGCUGAUCUUUGACUUCCUGAUGCAGGAAUCCCCCCGCACUGCCCUGAGCGAUGGGCAGCGCUCGGCCCUGGCCCUGCUUGAGGGGCCGCAGCUGGGCACCGCCCUGGCGCCAGGGCGCAGGCUGUCCGCAGUGGACGAGUCGUGCACAUCCCAUUCCGACAUCAGCUACGACCGCACUGAGGACGAUGUGGACCUGGACGUGAUGGUGGUGAAACCCCUGAAGCAGAAGUCUCGGGAGCGCCCGCGCUCGUCUCUGGCCCCCAUGAUCGGCCCCGUGGUUGCAGCAAAGCGCAUGCGCCCCCCUGUACUGCCAGCUGCCAGCGCGAGUGAGCCCCUGGUGACGCUCUCGGCAGGGCCCGUUGCUGAAGACCGAGGCCCGGACCAGAGCCAGCUGCCCGUGGCCGCGGUGCCAGUGCUGGGCCGACGCUCGCGCCAGGGCCGACGCCUCUCCGCGCUCACAGAGCUGACCACGGUGUGGGGGAGCAGUGAGGACUCGGACAGCCACCCGGAGAGUGGGGCAGGGCUGGAGCCCAAGGGGCUGGACUCCUUCCCCUCCCCCCCACAGGGGCCGCCACCACCCCAGCACCUCUUCACUUCCAAAACGGUGAUCCGCCCCGAGUCCUGCGCCGUCUGCGGUGCCCGUGCCCGCUUCGGGCGGGUGGUGCUGCGGUGCCGGCGGUGCCUCCUGCUGGCGCACACCGAGUGCCGCGGGCGCUGUCCCACCCUGUGCACCCCGGGCCCCCGGCCUCGGCCCCGGCAGGGCGUCCUGGCUGACUUUGCGCCCCCCACAGCCCCCCUGGUGCCCGUCCUGGUGGUUCACUGCGUGAGCGAGGUGGAGCGCAGAGGCCUGACAGAGACAGGGCUGUACCGGGUGCCUGGCGCGGAGCAGCUGGUGCGGGAAUGGAGGCAGAAGCUGCUUCGGGCCAAGGGGUCGCUGCCCUCCCUGGGCCGCGUGGGCGACGUGCAUGUGGUGUGUGGGGUGCUCAAGGACUUCCUGAGGGGCCUCAAGGAGCCGCUGGUCACCUUCCACCUGCACCCCAUCUUCCUGCGGGCCGCUGACAUCCCGGACGAAGCCUCCCGCCAGGCAGCCCUGUGCCACGUGGUGAGCAAACUGCCCCCCGCCAAUCGGGACACGCUGGCCUUCCUAAUGCUGCAUCUGCUGAGGGUCGCUCAGAGCCCCGAGUGCAGGAUGGACAAGCUGAACCUGGCCCGUGUCUUCGGGCCCACGCUGGUGGGGCACGGCACGAGCAGCCCCACGCCCCUGGCCAUCCUGGAGGACACGCCCCAGCAGUGCAAGGUGAUGGUUCAUCUCCUGUCACUGCCCCCCGACUUCUGGAGGCGCUUCGUGGGGAUGGAGCUGGAGAAUCUGGUGCCCGCGGCCACGAGCGACCCCCUGGUGCUGGACAGACGGGAGCGGCUCUUCCACCCCCUCUCGUCCCCCGAGAUGAACUCGACUCAGCUGAGCCCGACUGGCGGCUGCUUCCCUGACCCGUUGCGGAGCUGCGUGGGCACCGUGCCCCCCCCCAGGCCAGCGUCGGGCUCCAGGAAGACGGGCCGCUUCUUCCCCUCCCUGCUGUAGGCCCUGGCCAGUGAUGGCUCCAAGGGUGAAGGGCCAGGCGGCCUGGGGUGGGGGCAGGGAAAGCGCCUGCCCUGGGGGGCAGGCACCGGUGCUUGCUGCACGGGGGUGUGGAGGGAACAUGCACAGGGGCUGUGGGUCCC